CCGAAUCAAAACAAGCCCGAGACCCGCCUUUUCCCUCCGGCUCGGGAGCGUCAAGCUUGCGCCCCGAGCCCGCGGCGCCCGCGCGGCUGCGAGCCUCGGGUGGCCGCGCGCCGGCUCCAGGAAGCCGGGGAGGGCGCGGCGGCCGGGAUGGCGCGGCGCGGGCCGCGCGGCUAGACGGGCGCCAGAGGAGCCGCCGGCCCGCGCCCUCCAUUCUCGGCCUCCCGGACCGGGCGCCGCGCCGCUGGGAGCCGCCUUCGCCGACGCGGGGCACCUGGACACUCGCGAGAUGCCCAACCCCAAAAACAGUAAAGGCGGCCGCAAAAACAAGCGCGCCAACAGCAGCGGGGACGAGCAGGAAAAUGGAGCCGGCGCCCUGGCAGCGGCGGGCGCGGCGGGCGCGGCGGCCGGGGGGGCCCUGGCGGCGGCGGCCGGCUGCGGAGCGGCGGCGGCGGGCGUGCCGGGCACCGGGGGCGCGGCGGGCGCGGGAGGCGCGGGGCCCGGCGCCGCGGCCGCCGCGGCCGCCGCGGGGGCUGCAGCCGCUGGCGACGCCAAGAACGAAGCCCCUUGUGCCACACCGCUGAUCUGCAGCUUCGGGAGGCCGGUCGACCUGGAGAAGGACGACUACCAGAAGGUGGUGUGCAACAACGAGCACUGCCCUCACAGCACCUGGAUGCACCUGCAGUGCUUCUACGCUUGGGAGAGCAGCAUCCUGGUCCAGUUCAACUGCAUCGGCCGGGCCCGCAGCUGGAACGAGAAGCAGUGCCGCCAGAACAUGUGGACCAAGAAGGGCUACGACCUGGCCUUCCGCUUCUGCUCCUGCCGCUGCGGCCAGGGCCACUUGAAGAAGGACACGGACUGGUACCAGGUGAAAAGGAUGCAGGAUGAGAAAAAGAAGAAGUCGGGGUCGGAGAGGAACACCGGGAGGCCCCCCGGUGAGGCGGUGGAGGAGGCCAAGAAGUGCCGGCCGCCCACCAAGCCCCAGAAAGGCCUGAGCCACGACCUGCCCCGCCGGCACUCCAUGGACCGGCAGAACUCCCAGGAGAAGGGCGGGGGCGCCGCAGCCUACGGGGCGCGCUCCCCCUGCGGCUCCCCGGGCCAGUCCCCGCCCACCGGCUACUCCAUCCUCUCCCCCGCCCACUUCAGCGGCCCCCGCUCCUCCAGGUACCUCGGGGAGUUCCUGAAGAACGCCAUCCACCUGGAACCUCACAAAAAGGCCCUGGCGGGGGGCCACGUGUUCCGAAACGCCCACUUUGACUACAGUCCGGCCGGGUUGUCAGUUCACAGGGGGGGCCACUUCGACGCGCCCGUGCAGUUCCUGCGGCGCCUGGACCUGUCCGAGCUCCUCACGCACAUUCCCCGGCACAAGCUGAACACUUUCCACGUGCGGGUGGAGGACGACGCCCAGAUGGGCCAGGGCGAGGAUCUGCGGAAGUUCAUCCUCGCGGCCCUCAGCGCCAGCCACAGGAACGUGGUGAACUGCGCCCUGUGCCACCGGGCGCUCCCGGUGUUCGAGCAGUUCCCGCUGGUGGACGGAACUCUGUUCUUAAGCCCCUCGAGGCACGAUGAGAUCGAAUACGAUGUUCCCUGUCACCUUCAAGCCCUGCCCAGUGAGGUGGUGGAGGUGGUGUCCUUUCCUCUGAUGUCACACUAUACCGAGUACAGUGGUCCUGGGAGGCUCAUGCAUCUGUACGCAGUGUGCGUGGACUGCCUGGAAGGGGUUCACAAGAUCAUCUGCAUCAAGUGUAAGUCACGGUGGGAUGGCAGCUGGCACCAGCUGGGCACCAUGUACACCUAUGACAUCCUGGCCGCCUCUCCGUGUUGUCAGGCCCGCCUGAACUGUAAGCAUUGCGGGAAGCCAGUGAUCGACGUGCGGAUUGGGAUGCAGUACUUCUCCGAGUACAGCAACGUCCAGCAGUGUCCACACUGUGGCAACCUGGACUACCAUUUCGUGAAGCCAUUUUCCUCCUUCAAAGUCCUCGAAGCUUAUUGAUGAAAGCUUUGCUUUAGUAAUAGCUAUUUUAUUGACAUUAUUACUUUAUUACAUAUCUUUUCUAGGGAAGCCUUCUGUGACAUUCAUUUCUUUUCUAAUUGAAAGGAGAGUUCCUUUGUGUAUGUGUGCCACUAAAAGGGGGGCUGCCCCUUGCCUUCUCUUGACUCCCGAGUGUUAGCCUGUGGUCACGACCAGAGCCCAGCCGGUACUCCUGUGAGCUUGGGGGAGCGGUUAACUAUCACUAAGAGUCUCUCGGGCAGCUUUUAGGGUGGUGGGGAGGAUGGGGUGAAUUUAGGAAAGGGAUUAUGUGGUCAUAAACUGAGAGCAUGGUAGGAGUUGGGAAGAAACUCUUACUCAAAUGUUAACUGUCUAAAGGCCCACUUUUAGAUCUCCUCCGGGCCUUGGGAAAAACAUGUGACAAGUGAAUGUAAUCUGUGCCUGGAGAGCUGCUGGUGUGUUUGUCCACCUUGGUUUGGCGUUCCGCAGUGCAUGCUGGCCUGCAGUUUCCCCUCACUGACAGAUCAUUGGAAGGUGGACAUGAGCCCUCAUUCUAUCCCUGUUGUAGUUUAGCAGCCAGUUUUCAUACUGAAAAUAAUAUCCAAAUUAUAAGGCAUAUGAAAGGAUAUAUUUUUAGGUAAGCUGACCUGUAACAAAGAGAAUAUGCUAAAUGAAUUUGGAAAUGAUGCAGACUGACUCAAGAGGGCAAAAAGGCAGAACGCUGUCAUUUGAACUGUGUCUUUGAAGUUGGUCAAACAAGCUCUUAAGGAGAACCCAAGAAUGACAUGAUUUGAACGGUACUGAUUUAUAUAGGUUGCACUGUCAAAGUGCCAUUUGAUGUCGGAUCCUUCACACAGGUAAAUCUCACAGCCACAGACCCUACCUGGUGAGUUUCAGAACCAGUUGCCACCCUUGUCUUCCCCCCAAAUUGCUUAUGGCUGCAUUUUACCCCUUUAAUGCUGCGUUUCCCAAAUCAAAGAUUUUGCCCUAAGAAGGAAAGGAAAAAAUUAUUUGCGAGCCUUUGAGGAAAAGAAUAAUUUUAGUAUUUCUUUUUAAAGUGUUUCAUUUUGGAAAAUCACUGAUUAUAAUACAUAACAAUAUGUUUGAAAAUAGAUUAUUCUGAAGAUCUCCAUGAUACCUUACCAUUGGUGAAGAAGAUGAUAAUUUACAGAACUUGAUUGGUCAGAGCAAUGAGCUUUCCAAAAUCCCAGCCUUCUGUUUAUUAGAGCUUUCUGAUUUAAGUAGACUGACACCCCAUACCUUUAGAGAACUGGAAUUGGAAUGUGAUUUCUCAAAAAUGAAUUUGAUAAUUUCAACUAUAAUACACAUAUAUGCUAAAAGAAUGUUGAAAAUAUGAUCCUUUUAUGGGUAGCUAAAUUUGGGGUUAUGUGAACAUUUUCUAUUAUUUAGUUUAUACCGUUUUUUUUUUCCUCAGAAAAACAGUUGUUUUUCCUCUCAGAAGUGUUUAGGCAUCAUUGCAAGUGAGUUUCAGUUCUGCUACAUGGAAUAUUUGAUGUUUUGUUUGAAAGAACACAGCUGACUGUGAGGGAUUGACUAAUAUUCUUUAUCUUUCGGUUUGCAUGAUUGUAAUUCGGCUGACCACAUCCAGUUUGAUGUUUGAUGAUCUGAAGAAUAUCACAGUGAGGGGAAAUGCUGAAUGCCUGUAAGAAGCAGCAAAUUGUCAUUGGUCUCACAGUAUUGGAUGCGAGGAAAGGAGGUCUAUAGGACACAUCCCUUGCAAAUUUGUCUUUAAUACACAAAGCUGUAACUGAACUAGCUGUUUCGCUCUUGAUUCUCUCAUGUACCCAGUUAUAAAAAUUGGUGAGUUUCUCUUGUCUUCAGAGUACCAUUGGAUUUUAUUUCUGCAUUUAAAAUGAAUAGUAAAAUAUUUGUAAUGCUGUUCUUUAACCCACCAAAAUUUCUGAAGAGAAACCUGCUUGUAUUGUUGUUCUGAAGCUUCAAGUUUACAUAGAGAUCACAUUCAGCAAGCUCCUCAGCCUAAAACUUCUGCAAGUGUAGUGUCUGAUGCAUUCACUAUUUUCUCCUUAUAUUGUUGUCUACUCCGAGAAAUAAGUAUGAGGAAGUUUCACUGUCAGUGAGUAAAAUUUGCUUUUGGCAUUUAUUUUGAUGAUUAAGUUAGGAUUCUAUGGAUGCUGAAUUGAUAUAAAAGGAGAGACAUAGGUAUCAUAUCCGAGAGUAUCUUUUGCCUUUAAGGCAUUGCAUUCUUGUCUAAAAUGGAAAAUUUGGCUGAUUUGAGAAUAAAAUGUAAUUGAGUAUGCAACCAUGUGAAGAAUAAAUUUUAUUUUGGAAUCUGCUGACCUUAAUAUUUUCUCCACACUUUCUCAAAGUACUUUGCUCUGAGUACCUUGAUAGGAAUUGGAAUAUAUCAGAAAAGAUGAUUAUUUUUGUUGUGGUUUGGAUAUUAAAGGAUAUUAGUCACCCAAGAGAUCCACUUUCUGUUUUUCUGAUAAAUAGUGUUCAGUAACAUGAACCUACUCAUAAGUGAUUUUUAUCUACUUUAACUUGUUUUAUUUUUAAGAGUUAUACCUUGAACAAAUAAAAUUACCUGCUUUAGUUUAAUGGGAAGACUGUUUCUGAUCAUCUCAUCUUCUUCUCUUCAGGCCAGCUCAGUUCUUCAACUCUCUUCUGGUUGCGCUUGAAGCAGUUGAUAUACUGGGUUUACACCUUAAAAGAUAGACAUCUGCUGUGAAGUUAGGGAGUGGGGUGAAUUAUCCCAUUGUAAUUAAGAAAGAGCUUUCCCCAAACAGUCUUUAAUUCCCAGUUUUUGUAAAAGAAGCUCAUUCAUUUUCUGAGUAAAAAGUAUUUUCGAAUCUGUCUGGGGGGAAAUUAACUCAUCAGGAAAAUAUUAUUAGGUGUUUAAAUCCUAAAACUAACAGAUAAACUGAUACGUAACUUAUUAGAUCACCCAAACUAACUCGCUGAAAUCUUUUGUUUUGUCCUGUAAGAUCAAUGCUUAACAUGCAGUCUCUCCUCCCGUGCCCAGGUCAGUAACUCCAGGUUGCUCUUCUCUUUAGUCUCAUGGUAGCAGCUGUUGGGUAAUUUUAGUCAGAGGUUGGGGAGGAGGUGAGGAGAAAGUGCUCUUGUUCAGUGUUUUGUUUCCUAUAAAAGGAUGCUGCCUAACCCAGCUCAUCUCUGUGUCCUGUUGACUUUAUUAUUAUUCCAGGUAAUUGCAAGAAAAUAUAAUGAAUGGGCAUCAUUAACACCAGCUCAAAAACAUAUUCUUAUCAGUGAAGAUUUCUUGUCAAAUGUCUUGGAUUGCACUUUUGUUGAGGGAAGACAGUGUAAAUAGUUAAAGAAUGUUGAUAAAAUUGAAACAUUUGGUUAUGGAAUUGUGUGGUGUUAGAAGGUUUCUGUUUGUGAAAUGUAUGUAUUAAAAAUAAUAAAAUUUCAGAAACUAA